GAAAAACAACGCCCACUUGAAAGAGGAAAUCGCCGGAGCUUUCAGCCUUUUUUUUUUGCUUUUUUAUCUAUCUGUUUUCCGAUUGUUGAAACAGACCACUUUUGUCAUAUGGCAGUCUCGUUCCUUCGUUUUUCAAUUCCUUCCCGGGUCCUCUGGUAUCCAACCCGAAUCAUUCGGGUCACACCGGCUUUAGUACGAUUCUCUUCCUCCGCCGCAUUUCAGCAAUCUACUUCCCUCUCACCGUCUCCUUCAAAUAACUCCGGCCAACUUCUCGCCGAUAAAUGGGAAUCAUAUCGGAAGAAAAAGGUCGUCAUUCGGAUUGGGUAUGUUGGUACCGAUUACAGAGGAUUGCAAAUUCAAAGAGACGAUCCUGCUCUGAAAACAAUUGAGGGUGAAUUGGAGGUUGCUAUAUACAAGGCUGGUGGGAUACUAGAUAGUAACUUUGGUGAUCUUCAUAAGAUUGGUUGGGCUAGAAGUAGCCGAACCGAUAAAGGAGUUCAUUCUUUGGCAACGACAAUAUCGCUGAAAAUGGAGAUCCCUGAUACUGCGUGGAAGGAUGAUCCUCAGGGCACUGUUCUUGCUAAGUGUAUUAGCAAACAUCUUCCUGAGAAUAUCAGAGUCUUCAGCGUUUUACCGUCACAAAGGAGAUUUGAUCCUCGAAGGGAGUGUACGCUGCGUAUGUAUUCUUACCUCCUUCCUGUUGGUGUUAUUGGGGUCAAGAAUAGCUUUACCUCAGAUGAGAUUGAUGAUCACAUUUCGGAUUUCAACGAAAUUUUAAAGGAAUUUGAGGGUGACUAUCCUUUCCAUAACUACACACAGAGGUCAAAGUACAGGAAGAAAGCCAAACAAAAACUAACCCAAAGAAACGGACGCCCUCCAAAGAAACCAAAAUUCGAAGCUUCAGUAUCAGAGUAUACAGAGGAAAACUGCAGAGGAAAUGAAGAAGAAGUUGAAGGAGAAGAAGCAGAUGGUGAAUCUAAUGAAGAAGUUCCCGAGUCUGAUAAUACUCAGGCGUACAUUCGUGCAAAAUGGCUACACGAGCCAGACGAAACAGAUAAGUUGAGCGCAGCUCAUUUCAGAAAAGUGUUUCGUUGUCGUUGUGGAAAGCUGGAGACUUCACUAGGAUUCUGCUUUGUCGAAAUCUCCAUAUGGGGCGAGUCAUUCAUGUUACAUCAGAUACGGAAGAUGAUUGGAACAGCCGUGGCAGUGAAGAGAGAGCUGCUUCCUAGAGACAUCAUAAGACUAUCUCUGAACAAGUUCACAAGAAUCGUUCUGCCUCUUGCUCCAUCUGAAGUACUGAUCUUGAGAGGAAACAGUUUCGAAGUGCUUAAAUCUCCUGGAAAAUUCAAGAGGCCGGAGGUUAAAGCAAUGAGCGAAUCAGAAGAAGUGGAAAAAGAAGUGGAUGAGUUUUACAGAAGAGUGAUGGUUCCACAGGUGAGUAGAUUCUUGGAUGCAGAGAAAGCUCCAUGGGAAGAGUGGCUGGAGCAUUUGGAGAGGAACGAUGGUUUGAUUGAUGAGCAACUGGAAAAUGUAAGAAGAGGUUGGGAGGAGUGGAAAGCGAAGCCACGGAUUAUGACGAGGAAGACAGAAGAAGAUGAUGAAGAGUUGGGUUCUGUUUCUGUAUCUGUUCAUCAAGCUCUGCAUUAGUCACAUCUAUAUUUAUGCAAUUUUCGACAAAAUAUCUUAUGAUUAUUGUUUCAUUCACAUUGAAUCUGAGAAAAUCUAAAAUUUUCUGCAUUUCACC